CACCUUUGUCACUGUUCUUUUCGCUAGACUCUGCACCAACAAAACAUAUUUUGCAAGAAUUUUGAACAUGAACAACAUGGUUACUUCCCUCUGUCUCAGUGUAAUGGUGUCUAUUUUAAUGUUUGUACAUUACACAGAGGCACAGAGAGUGUUCAUUGUCGGAGAUGGCACUGGUUGGACAACUCCACAAGAUCCCUCCACAUACCAAACUUGGGUUUCCGACAAAACUUUUGCAGUCGGAGAUAUUCUAUCCUUCGAUUUCCAAAGAGCACAGCAUAACGUGGUUGCAGUGCCGGAAGAAUCGUAUACUUCGUGCUCUUCCGCUAAUCCUAUACGUACAUAUACCACGGGUCCGGUCAACGUUACCCUUACCACAGCCGGUCAACAUUACUACAUCUGUAGCAUCGGUCAACACUGUACACGUGGACAGAGGUUAGCCGUCAAUGUCUCCGGCUCCGGCCUGCCACCUUCCGCCGCCGUUUCACCGGGCUCCAACACCACUCCACCACCACCACCUUCGUCUCCGGCAGCUACUUUUUCCUCUGCCUCCAUUCCCUUCUUUCUCUUCUUAUCCGCGUUCAUUUUAGUGAUUUUUGGACAUAAUGCAUGAAGUGUUCGAUGUGAUUUAUGAGUGUGACCUACUAAUACAUAUUUGUUUACA